AUGACGAGCCACCAAGACAGAAUCUCCUUUGCGAUUAUCGGCACGGGUCUGAUUGGCCCAAGACAUGCCAGAACGGUCGUCCAAAGCUCCGAGGCGGAUCUUGUCGCCGUGGUCGAUCCCGCGCCAGCUGGAGCUCAACUGGCAGCUGAGUUGAACGUAACACAUUACACCUCUGUUGGCGACCUUUUGCAAUCGGAACAUGUGCCUCAAGCCGCAAUUGUUUGUACCCCGAACCACACACAUGUCGCCGUUUCGAAGCAGCUUUCCUCGGGAGGGGUCCAUGUGCUCGUGGAGAAGCCCAUCAGCUCCGAUAUCCCGAGUGGCACCGAGCUACUGAGUCAUCUCCAAACCACUGAAGUCAAGACACUCGUAGGGCAUCAUCGACGAUUCAAUCCCUACAUCAUCAGUACCAAAAAGGUACUCGAUUCUGGAGCUCUAGGCAAGAUCAUAGCCAUCAACGGGCUUUGGACCACCUACAAGCCGGGCGAUUACUUCGAGGUCCCUACCGAAUGGAGGCAGGGAAAAGACGGAGGAGUCAUCUUGAUCAAUGCAAUCCACGAAAUCGACCUACUCCAUCAUCUUUUGGGGCCAAUCACCAGAGCCCAUGCGGAAAAGACUACGUCGCAGCGAGGUCAUGAAGCCGAAGAAGGUGCGGCCCUCACACUUCGAUUCAAAUCAGGUGCUGUCGGGACGUUCCUCAUCUCAGACAACGUCCCAUCGCCCUACAAUUUUGAGGCGGGGACGGGUGAGAAUCCUCUGAUUCCCAAGACGGGACAGAACUUUUACCAAAUAUUUGGCUCCGAGGGAACACUUAGCGUGCCUGACUUGUCGAUAUGGUCGUACAAGAGCACCAAUAAGUCGUGGCAUUCCGAGAUGGCGAAAGAGAAGCUGGCGGUAGAAGGUGGAAUCCCGUUUGAACUGCAGCUUGCGCAUUUCUGCCGUGUGAUCCAAGGCAAAGAAUCACCCAGCUGCUCGCCACAGGCAGGUCUUGCUGCACUGAUUGUUUGCCAAGCAAUCAAGGAGGCGUUGGAAGGAAACAGUACUGUUGAGAUUCCGGACUAUGAUUUGUAG